AUGAAUAUUGAGGUGUACAUCGAUGGUGUUUAUUAUCCAGCAAUUGCUGAGCGGAUUUCGGAGGAUGAAAAGACUCUAGAGACAUCGUUCCCUGGAGACUGGCGCGCACGUGAAUCUGUAAGCUUCGGUAACUGUCGUGUCCUCCAAGCGACCACUUCACAUCCUAUCCACAAGGGUGACAUCAUUGAGGCACUAUUUCAACAGCAAAAUGGCCAGACGGGAUGGCAGAAAGCUUCUGUUCGUGAAAUUAAGGCCGAUUUCAUCGUUGUCGAUUCCGUUGAGGGACCACAACAUACUGACGUAGUCGCUGCGAAUAAAUGCCGCUCCAGUGGUGCACAGUAUUUGAAAAUAACACCCGCAGAUUUGAGAACUGAUACAAUUAGUGUUCCGGAAGACCUUGUCGACUACUUUUCAAGCGAGAAGAAUCUGCUUGAGUUCCAGAAUACCGUCAAAGAUAUUGCAAUGUCAUUCGACAAGGAGAAGCGCGAAAUAAAGCUAAGUUCUUUCGGGACUAUUUCACUCAAAAAGGCCGUAGUACUUAGCGAAAUGUACUUUAGAGACGUGCGUCUGAAGAAUCAACUACGUGCACGAGCCGAAGAGGCGGAACGCAUGCUGCAGCAUGGGGGUCAGCGCAGUGAUAGGGACUCUCCAUUUGUAGAUGAAUUUGAGGUUGCUGCUGAUUUAAUGGGAUUGGCAAUCGGAACUCAUGGUUCGAAUAUACAAAGAGCUCGCAAUGUGGAGGAUGUCGACGAUAUUCAAGUAUUCGAAGGUGGUGGCGACGGGCAGCCAUGUAUUAUCAAGAUCUUCGCAAAAACUGCGGCUGCCGCCCAGAAGGCUCGCGCACAGCUUGACUUCGGUGUUGAAUGUGUUCAUGUACCGAGAUUCCUUGUAGGUAAAUUGAUUGGAAAGAAUGGAAAGUGCAUACAGGAAAUAGUCGACAAAUCUGGUGUUGUACGCGUCCAGAUCGCUGGUGAGGAUGAUGAUACUAUGGAUCCAGUCCCUUUCACUUUCACAGGCACCAGGGAGUCCACGUCAAUGGCAUCCUUUCUGGUGGAUUUCCAGAUAAAUCAUCUCAAGGAAACCGAAGGGUUGCGCAAUAAUAUAGAAGACAUGAUGCGACAAGCCUACAGUAACAAUGAGCGUUAUCAGAGAAACGAUAGCUUUCAACGCAAUGGAUAUGGGGAUCGCGGUGGAUUUGAUAGACGGGGACGUCGUGGUCGUGGUCGAGGUGGUUAUCGUAACGGAAAUUCUCAGAACGGAGGCUCGGCGAAUGGAAGUUCGAGUAAUGUAGGCAAGCCUUGGAGAGGUGGUGAUGGCGCUCGAUACAGUGAUGAGGAAUGGUCCGGGACUGAAGAAUCGAAGCAUAGAGAAGAACAUGUUGAAGACCAGGAACGUCGUCAGGGUCGACAGCGCGGCGGGGGCAGUGGAAGCGGAGAGAGAGGAGGAAGCGCGGGACGAAGACGCGAUUCACUGUGCAAGAGUGGAGCCCACAUGCAAUAG